AUGUCCGGGCUGGCCACCAUGGAGCCCAGGGCCUGUGGGAAGAUGGGGGUGAUCACUAUCACCUAUUACCUUUGGACCACUUUCAUGGCGGUGACGAUGGGGAUCAUCCUGGUAGUCAGCAUCCACCCUGGCGCGGCCGCUCAGAAGGAGGAUUUCUCUGCAGGGAAGGUGGUGCUCAGCUCCGCCGAUGCGCUGCUGGAUUUGAUCAGGAACAUGUUCCCUUCCAACUUGGUGGAAGCAUCCUUCCAGCAGUAUCGAACUGUUAUUGUCCCAGUGGUGAAGUCUCCACGAUUCCCAACAAUCCCAGGGAAAUCCCUCAGUUUUAUUUACUUUGCACCGGACGAGGAAAACCCUGAAAUCCAGCGACCCGUGUUUCUUGAGCUAACGCCAUCUCCCGAAAUGACGUACAGGACCCUGCCAGGGACCAGCAACGAGAUGAACGUCCUCGGGAUCGUCAUCUUCUCUGCGACCAUAGGGCUCCUCCUGGGAAAGAUGGGUGAGCGAGGAGCGCCGCUGGUCAACGUGUGCCAGUGUCUGAACGAAGCUGUGAUGAAAAUCGUCUCCAUGGCUGUCUGGUACUUCCCUUUCGGCAUCGUGUUUCUCAUUGCUGGGAAGAUCCUGGAGAUGGAAGACCCAUCGGUUACAGGCCAGAAGCUGGGGCUGUAUGCCGUCACCGUGGUGUCGGGGCUGGCCAUCCAUGGACUUGUGUUCUUACCGCUGCUCUUUGCACUCAUCACCAAGAAAAACCCCUAUGCUUUCAUUAGGGGGAUACUGCAAGCUUUGCUGAUUGCCUUAGCUACAUCUUCCAGCUCAGCGACCUUGCCCAUCACCCUUAAGUGUCUUCUGGAAAACAACGGCAUAGACCGGCGCGUGGCACGCUUUGUCCUUCCUGUCGGUGCCACCAUCAACAUGGACGGCACGGCGCUGUACGAGGCAGUCGCUGCCAUCUUCAUCGCCCAGGUCAACGAGUACGACUUGGAUUUGGGGCAGAUCGUGACGAUAAGCAUAACAGCAACUGCAGCCAGCAUCGGGGCGGCCGGGAUCCCACAGUCAGGACUCGUCACGAUGGUCAUCGUGCUGACCUCGGUGGGGCUGCCCACUGCUGACAUCACGCUCAUCAUUGCAGUGGACUGGGCCCUGGACCGAUUUCGGACCAUGACCAAUGUCCUCGGGGAUGCGCUGGCUGCUGGCAUCAUACAACAUGUCUGUGAGAAAGACUUUGCCCCAAAGCCCCCAAAGCAAGACACAGCGAGCGACACAGACAAGUUUCCUUCUGCAGAGCCCCCACUUCUGCAUCCCAAAGACAACGUGAUCCAUCUGCUUGAGGACAGUCUGUUUGAGCAGAUGGGAGGGCACUACAACAUCUGCCAGGUGUAGGUUGCAGCUCUGCCACCCCAGGACGGGACCUCGGUGCUAAGCAUUCCCAAUGCCACACACGGCUGCUCCACAAGACAAAGGCCUUAUCUGGGGCAGCAAACCCCUCUCCAUCCUUUCUACCCUGCUGCCUGGAGCUGAGGACAUGACCACACUGGCAGCCCUGCCCACAGCAGCUGGGUUAUGGCACAGCCCUGUCCCCUUCCAUGAGGCUGCUCAGAGCACUGGGGAACAGCUACGAGGUGAUGGCAGAGAGCAGCAGAGGUGGAACUG